AUGAACGACUGGGAAAGAGAGCUAAACAGUUAAGAGUUAAAGAAAGACAGAGGAUGUAGUUACUGACAACGAGAUAGAGCGCGACACUGUACAGCUUGGUUUAUAAAAUGUAAUUGCUCCGUCAAAUUUCGUCAGUUUCGUUCCGUAUUGCGUGUCGAACGUGUUGUUAGGUGCUCGUUGUGCGUAAAGUGGGAUAUUCUUGAAGUAUCUGCGCAUGUACAGGAAGAUGACGGCAGAGACGGCCACGCUGAGCAGCGACUCCGGGGCGCUGCCCCACCUGCAGUGCGUGGAGCGCGUGUGGAAGCUGCCGGUGGUGGAGAGGGCCUGGAGCCAGUCGUCGGGGCUGUACGGCCGGGUGAAGGGCUGCAACGGGGUGGUGAGCUGGACCCUGUCGGCGGCGGAGGCUUCCUUCCUGCGCGCCCUGCAGCAGGCGUCGCCGCUGGCCCGGCGGCUGGAGCAGCCCAUCUCCUCCGUGGACCAGACCCUGUGCAAGGGCCUGGACCUGGUGGAGGAGAGGCUGCCCAUCGUGAAGGAGCAGCCGGAGCAGAUCUACAAGACGGCGAAGACGUUCGUGUCGUCGGCGCUGCAGCCGGCCCGCAACACGGUGUCGGUGGUGAAGGAGUACGGGACCACGAAGGCUCUCUCGCUGAAGGAGCUGAGCCUGGCCAAGGCCAACGAGGUGCUGGCCUCUCGCUACGGCUCCAUGGCGCUGAGUGGCUUCGACAACACCGCCGCCGUCGCGGAGAAGUACAUCGACUACUAUCUGCCGCCCGUCGAGGGAGAGCCCAUGGAGACUGAUGUGCCGGCAGACAAGGGCGACAAGGUGCUGACGUCCGUGCACACGGUCGGCCGCUUGUCCAUGAAGGCAGCACGGCGCCUGUACCACGCCCUGUCCAGCCAGGUGCGCACGCUCAACAGGGAGAACAUACAGGAGUACGUGCGCUCGCUCGCCGAGCUGGUGCACAUAACCAACUACGUGAACGCUCUGCGACGCACCCCGGCCAUUGCCUCUGCCCCUGUCCCCGCUCCCGCCUCUGCCCCCGCUCCCGCCCCUACCCCCAACUCCGCAGCCCCCGCCCCCGCCCCCAACUCCACCCCUGCUCCCACCUCCGCUCCCAACCCCACCCCCGCCCCGUCCAAGAAGCACCCUUCUGGAAAGGCAAGCCCCAAUCCAGCAGACAAGAAAGAGAAGUAGUGAUGGUGUCAAAAGAGUUUUCUAUAUAUUAUAUGUUACUGUUUAGAAGAAACGCAGAAGUAAUAAGAUUUUAAGACUGAAUAUAUAAGCAGUAUGUCUAAUUUUCUUAACAAAGUUGGUGAAAUGUUGAAUAACUACUAUUUUGCUAUGUAAAUAUUUUUAUACAUAAUAUAGAACUGAUAAGCAGUA